GAGAACUGAGAAUUCCAGACCUUCUUCGUCUUCUCAGUCGCAAUUAGGCGAUGGCAGCCAGUCGGAUUCAAAUCGAGGUCCGUACACUGACCGGCGAAGCCACCACCGUAUCAGCCUCCGUCAACGACACCGUUUCAGACCUCAAGCUACUCCUCAGCCACUCCUUCGCUCCCGCCACCAACUCCCCCAAUUUCCACCGCUUCUUCAAGGGUGAGAAGUUGAGGUUGCAGAGUCAGAUAGGUACACUUAGGUUUAACCCCGGUGAGGUUCUAGUGCUGGUGCCGUUUGUUAUGAAGGUUGCUAAUAAUCAGAACCGGAAAUGUGAUCAAUCUGAACCGCUGUCGUCGGCUGCUUCAACUCAUGGAUCCAUGUCCAAGUUUGCGAACUCCGUGUGGAGUGAUAUGAUGUCCAGCUCUGAUACCAAAGCUGACGCAGCACAGUAUGUAGUGAUUGAUGAGGCCCAUGUUUGUAAGGGAGCACUUGGUUGUCAUACUGCUCUUAUACAUAGGUGACUUCGUCGGCUCUGUGCCCAUGUUUAUGGAAGUGAUCCAUCUUUUGUUUUUUCAACUGCAACUUCAGCAAAUCCUCGCGAGCAUUGCAUGGAACUUGCAAAUUUACCAGCUUUAGAAUUGAUUCAAAAUGAUGGAAGUCCUGCUGCUAGAAAGCUAUUCAUCCUUUGGAAUUCUGCAGGCAGCGCCAUUGAGGAAAUUUCACUCCUCUUUGCUGAAAUGGUGCAGCAUGGACUACGGUGCAUUGUGUUUUGCAAAAUCCGCAAGCUUUGUGAACUUGUUUUCUGCAAUACGCGUGAAAUCCUUCAGGAGACAGCACCCCAUCUGGCAGACACUAUAUGCUCUUAUCGUGGCAGUUACACUGCUGAGGAUCGGAGAAGAAUAGAGAGUGAUCUAUUUAAUGGAAAGCUUUGUGGUAUCGCUGCAACAAAUGCCCUUGAAUUGGGUAUUGAUGUUGGGCACAUUGAUGUAACUCUUCAUUUAGGAUUUCCUGGAAGCAUUGCUAGCCUGUGGCAACAAGCUGGCAGAGCUGGACGGAGAGAGAAACCUUCUCUUGCUGUAUAUGUUGCAUUCGGAGAGCCUCUUGACCAAUACUUCAUGACACAUCCAAAUAAACUUUUUGGAAGCCCAAUUGAGUGCUGUCAUGUUGACGCUAAGAACCAAUAGGUUCUUGAACAGCAUUUGGCAUGUGCUGCUCUGGAACACCCAUUGAGCUUGUUUUAUGAUGAGAAGUUUUUCGGUUCUCUGUUUACCAGCGCCAUAUUGUCUCUUAAAAGUAGAGAUCUGAGUUGUGAUCCAUCAUGUGAUUCUUCUGCUAUAAUCUGGAACUAUAUUGGGCGUGAGAAAAUUCCAUCACAUUCGGUUAGUAUUCGAUCAAUUGAAAGAGAGAAAUACAAAGUCAUGGACCAUCAAGAGAAAGAAGAAUUUGAAGAGAUUGAGGAAAGCAAGGCUUUCUUUCGGGUAUAUGAAGGUGCUGUUUAUUUGAACCAAGGAAAUACAUACCUGGUCACGAGCUUAGAUUUAUCCAAAAAGGUUGCUCGGUGCGAAGAAGCUAAUUUAGAUUAUUACACGACAACCCGCAAUUGCGCAGAUAUUCAUGUAGUCAGUUGUAAUGUGACUUAUCCAGCUCCAGCUAAACUUUCCAACCAGUUCUCCAGAACUACUGCCCGAGCAAAUCCUUGCAAAGUAACAACUACAUGGUUUGGAUUCUAUCAAGUACGGAAGGGAUGCAACACUAUAAUAGAUCAAUUUGACCUUCAACUUCCUAAAUACCCGUAUGCAUCACAGGCAGUUUGGAUUCCGGUUCCAUCAUCAAUAAUUGAAGCAGUGAAGAGCGAAAAACUUGAAUACCGUGCAGGGCUGCAUGCUGCAUCGCAUGCUGUUCUACAUGUUGUGCCUUUACGGAUUAUUUGUAACUUAUCCGACUUAGCACCGUGUGUGGACCCUCAUGAUAGCAGAUAUUUUCAGGAGAGGAUUCUAUUGUAUUAUAAUUAUAAGCAUCCUGGAGGGACUGGUGGUUGUGUACAGAUUCAACCAAUAUUUCUGGAGCUUUUGGCCGCUGCUCUGGAACUUCUAACAUGUUGCCACUGUGGAGGAUUUGUGGGUUGUCCUAACUGUGUUCAGAGUUUUUGUUGCAGGUCGCAUACUGAGGUUUUACACAAGGAUGCAGCAAUAAUGAUCAUAAAGGGUAUAUUGGAUGCCAAUAAUCUCCCAAUAACUCAGCCGGAUCUUGAGUGAUGUAAC